AUGAAGAAGGAUCGGCAAUCAUUCAAAGCCCGAUGGUCCCCAGAUCUGCCCCGAGCGCGCCGGUGGACGAGACCAACUGUAUCUUCCGCGAUCGGAUUCAUCCUGCUAUCCACCGUGGUAUUGUUGCAGCUAUCUGGUUUCAGCAGCAACCUACCGCUGUCUUUGUUACACCGACGACCAUCCAUUUCCCACGAGGAACUCGAGAAUCUGCUUCUGUCCGUGCCUGAUAGCCACAUGGCACGAGAAUGGAGUAUUUUCCACUCCUCUGAGUCUCACUUGCCGGGUCAGGGUUUAGGCCAGGCUGAAUGGACGAGAGAGAAAUGGGAAGAAUUUGGUAUCCCCGACACGGAAAUCACCUCGCAUGAGGUGUACCUCAACUUCGCCAACGGCCAACGCUUGGCUGUGCUUGACCUCAACAAAUCCCAAGUGCUGCAUGAGGCUCGUCUUGAAGAAGAUCCUGAAAUGACCGAGGAGCCGGAGAGAGGGCCAGAGCCAUUCGCCCCGGCCUACCAUGCAUACUCGCCCAACGGGAAUGUCACAGCACCUUACGUCUUUGCCAACUUCGGUGCGGUAGAGGACUUCCAAGAACUGAUUAAAGCCAAUGUGAACCUCACAGGGAAGAUUGCUAUCAUCAAAGGGGCGGAAGUUUCUCAGUACGCGGAGCAAAAGAAUUUGUCUAUAUUUCGUGGCGAGCAAGUGGCAAAUGCGAAAGCUGUGGGAAUAGUUGGGGUCGUUAUCUACCCCGAUCCGCAGGUUGAUGCUGGUAUGGUCAAGGGAAAUGGGUACCUCCCAUUUCCGUAUGGGCCUGCUCGCCCAGAGACUAUGAUAGAACGAGGAGCCCUUGGCAUGGCUAAAGGCAACCCAAACGAUCCAUCCUCUGCCCCCAAUGGUCCGUUGCCGCUUAUUCCAUCCAUCCCGAUCUCUUACAUUGAUGCUAUUCCUCUCCUCGCGGCGUUGAAUGGGCAUGGCUUAGAAGCUGCCAAUCUAUCCUCGAGAUGGUAUGGCGGUGGCUUGGCCAAUGCGGGUGUGAAAUACAAUGUUGGCCCCACGCCGGACAACAUCGUGCUCAUCUUGUACAACAACAUUACCUACACAACUGGUCCAGUUCAUAACGUUAUUGGUACCAUCAAAGGGUCACAAUGGGAGGAUGAGGUAGUCAUUGUUGGAGGUCAUCGCGAUUCAUGGGGCCCAGGCGCAGCAGACCCCGGCAGUGGGUCUAGCGCUCUGAAUGAAGUAGUGCGGAGCUUCGGUGUUGCGCUCAACAACGGAUGGCGGCCCCGUCGCACUAUUGUCUUUGCAAGCUUCGAAGGCGAAGAGAUUGGAGUCGGAUCGAGUUCAUGGAUUCAUGAAAAUUGGCCUUGGCUGAACCGCACGGCUGUGGCUUACCUUAACGUCGUGGUAGCUGCGAGUGGCACGCGUUUCCACGUCAAGGCCAGCCCACUUCUCAGGAAGCCCACGCUUCAUGCCACCGGCAGGGUCUUGUCGCCCAACCAAACGAUUGAAGGUCAAACUGUACUCGACGUCUGGGGAGGUGGUAUUACCCCGGGUGGAGACGGGGCUACAUUCUUGAUUGAUAAUUGCAUCACAGCGUUGGAUAUGGGCUUCUUUCCGGACAUCAACGAGCCAAUUCUCCCUUACCACUCUCAGUUCGACACCGUGGAAUGGAGGGACCGCUUUGGAGAUCCAGGCUAUGAAUACCAUACGACUACUGCGAAGGUCUGGUCUUUGUUAGCCGCUAAUCUGCUUGAAGCCCCAGUCCUUUCUGAGAGUAUGAUUGAUUAUGGCACUGCACUCGAAGGCUAUGUGAGCAUCAUAAAGGGACAGUUGCCGUCCAAUGCUACUGGUUUUAACUUCACGGUGCUUGAAGAUUCGAUUUUCCGCCUACAGAAGGCUGCAGUCCGGUUUGAUAAUUAUACUGCCUCCCUCGUCGACCAAAUCAAGCGGACACGCCCAUGGUGGAAGUUCUGGGACCGUAUCAGGUUGUUCUCCGAGAUUCGCAAGGUUAAUCAAAUCUCUAUCCUUUUUGAACGUGUGUUCUACUAUGGGCCGGGACAAGAUGUUCCUAAACAUGCCAAGCAUGUUCUUUUCAAACCGGCAGCAUGGCAUCAGACAGUUGACCCACUGCCGGGACUCGGAGAAAGCCUGGCGAAGGGUAAUGCUACAAAUGCUUAUCUGACAUUUUUCAACAAGAAAUGGGAGCGAAUCAUCGCUGCCCGUGUCGACCAAGCUGCCAAACUACUGGGCGGGGGCCUCUGUCAUUAA